UUUGUUUCAAUCAUCCAUUGAUAGUUUUGUUUCGUUUUCUUUGUUUCAUCCCUAUUUAUACGAAGAUGCCUUUUCAUUUUAGAAACUCUCGCUUUUGUUGCUGUCAAAGAUAUUUAGUAUCAUGUUCUUCGUAUGAUGUUUAAGUGAUUAACCUCUUGCUUUUGUUACUGUCAAAGAUAUUUAGUAUCAAUAUUUCAAACGUUGUGUCUAUGAAUCCCAAGGUUGAGACCCCCAAGGUUAAAGUAGACAUGGAAGCAAAACUGCAAGCUUGGCUGGAAUCAAAAGGCAAGACGAAAAGCUCGCAUAGGAUGAUGGCUAUACGUUCUCCGCUGAUAGGUACAAAUCAAAGUUGGGUCAAGAAACUCGGAGUUUAUAGAUCAGCCGUUGCAGAAAAUGCUAAACUUACUAGCAAAGAACAGAGGAACGCAUUUGUGAGCGCCAGGAACUUAUUUGGUGGAGAAACUCCUGAUGCUUCACAUUUAUGGGGGAUUGGAGAGAAGAUGGCUGAGUACAUAAUCGAACUCAGAGAAACAAGCCCUGUGAAAUCGGAGACCGUUAUUCAAGGCUUUGUCCCACCGGGAAGAAUCAAAAAAUUCAUGCCACAUAUGAGACAAGGCGGUCUCUACACUCUCACCAACUUCUACGGAUUCAGAAACAAAGAGGUGUUCCGGGUUGCUGCUCACAGCGUGACAAUCUCCUUCUCCCACACUUCCGAGUUGGCACCCCUUGAGAACAGUCCUGUGGACUUUGAGGAGGACCGUUUCCGGUUCCAUUCCUAUGAAGACUUCGAAGCUGGCUGUGAUAUAAAAGGUGAUCUUUACGGUAAGUUUUCUAUCAUUUAGUAAUAUGUUGCUUCCACAUACUUGGUUUGUUAUUUUGUACACAAUAUCUCACAAUUAGUAGCUAACUAUCUACAAAAAACAGUAUCUGAUUUUAGAUUAGGGUGUUAUCUUAAAUUCAUAACUUAUUAAUUAUAAGCUUUCUCAACAACAUUCUGCUUCUCAACCUGUACCAGAUGUUAUUGGACACUUGAAACUGGUUAACGGCUAGAGCCUCAAUAUGCAUCCCUUCUUUGACGAUGCCGAGCUCGCAACCACUCGGCGUUUAUUGGUGCAUGUGCAGUCGCAUGCGGGACCUGUUAUGAAGCUCUAUCUUUGGGACCAAGCUGCUGUGGAUUUCUGCAAGAAGUUCAAGUCUUCUGACAACACUCCCUCCAUGAUUUUGGUGACUACUGUUUACCCCAAACGUUUAGGAGGUACACUUUUCACUAUCUCAGACUGAAUCGCACCUUACAAUCUUAAAUUCUCUGUAUAGCCCAUAUACUUUACCUCUGUGUCAUCGCAGUCGUUUAGCUUUGCUCUUUGUAGUUGUUUAAUUUUUAUAAAUAUUGCAUAGAGAGUAAAAGCAUAAACAAAG